UCAAUCUCAAAAGCACAUGUUGCUACGGGUGGUUUAAAGUCAUCGCGGAAAAUGGCGAAGAAAACGGUACCAGCUGCAUUGCAAACUGAAAUUUCGAACAACGAAGAAUGGCAGAAGCUACUAACGAAAACUGGAUUAAUAGUGGUUGAUGUCUACUCAGAGUGGAGCGGACCUUGUACAGGUAUGGUCAGCAUCCUAAAGAAAAUUAAAAUGGAAAUCGGGGGAGACGCAUUAAGUUACGCUACGGCAAAAUGUGAUUACAUAACGGACUUAGUGCGCUUCCAAGGAAAAAGUGAACCAGUUUGGAUGUUUAUCCAUAACGGGCGAAUGAUAAAUCUAAUGUUCGGUGCACACUGUCCGCAGUUAUUAAAAAUGUUGACAACAGAAUUGCAACGAGUACAAAAUGGUGAAGAACACGAGUUUUGUUUAGAUGUAUCUGAAAGAAGUCCAGAGGAAAUAAAACAAUUAAAAAUGAUCGAGGAAACCAAAAUAGCUAAAGAAACAGCAAAAAAGGCUCGAAAAGAAGCUGAAGCGGUAGCGCGGUAUGAAGCAGAAAUGCUUCACUUGACUACGUCAUUAAACAGGGAAACUUGUCUAUUACUUUAUCCCUGGGUUUUCAAAGAUGAAGAAGAUCAUAAACGGGAUAAAAAAUCAAGUCCCCCAUAUGUAGAAUUAGUUGAAGAAAUACUACCGGAGAAUUAUGUUAUUGAACAGGAAAUACGGAAACGACUCAACGAGAAUCUUCUUGGCGAACUUUUUAAGGAAUCCGACUAUGUAUUGUCAGGAAAAUAUAAAAAUUUACUAUUAGAUGGUAAAUGCAUGUUUAUGAGACUAAAGGCUACCGACGAAAAUGCGGAAGUUGACGUUCAUUCGCAUUUGCUCAGCCUUUUAUUCGGAGAACCGGAAUUACCAAGUGCGGAAAAGGUUUUUACAGAAGAAUGUUACGCAGGUCGCCACAGACCUGCCUUUGUAACAACUGAAAAUGAAAGUGAAAUUUUCCCUCUGGUAUGGUCACCUCCAAAUUGUAGAAACAACGCAAUCGUUUUUCGUACAAUUUUUCCCACGUACACAAAUAAAACAUACCAGUACGAAGAUAAAAGUGCAAAUGUUCCUAUAGUGGUAUUCAAGUAUGAUUAUACACGAAAAAAUGAAUUAAAAAUUGUUUUGGAAGAAUUUGAUGAUGAAGUAGUUAAUUUUGGUAUUUUCGAAUCCGAUAAACCACCGGAAGCAAAAAUCAUUGCCAGAAGUAUUGAUGAAUUUGAACAAAACACAAAAGAAAGAACAGGGCGAGUAUCGAAAUAUUUAUAACUAUCUUUUGGGAAAAAUUGUGUAUCCUUUUUGAAUUUAUUAUUGCUGUGAUAAUAUAAAAUCGAACUAUAUUAACAGGUACGAAACAUUUGUAUGUGUUGUAAAAAAAGUAGGAUGUGAAGCAUUCUUAGGGUUUGCUGGUAUUGGACCUUAUCAUGUGAGUGAAAAUCCAGAAAAAGGUUUAGAGGAGUCUAACUUAUAUUUCCCGGAUAUUACUAGUUUGGAAGAAACGCAAUCUGAUGAUGAUGAGAAACUAGAAGAAGUGGCAGAAAAUCCUGAAGAAAACAAUGUUGCACAAACAUGAACAUAUUCAUAUCUAAAUUUGCUUUUUAUCAAUAAUCCUUCUUGUAAUCAUUUAAUAAAAAAUAUAAGUUUCAAUUAAAAUAAGGGAUUAAUAAAAUAGGAAAUGUUGAUAAGAAGCCUACAUUUAUUUUCCAGUUACCUUAACUUGCUAUAUAAAAGAAUGUAUAAACAGACAAAGUGUCUAGAUUAUGCAAGUAACUCAAGGGUAUGGUACAAUAAAUGAUGGCAAAUAAACAAAAUUUAUUUCUUAUAACCACAGCUUCGCCUACGGCCUCUUGCUCUUUCAAACUUUCGUCCUUUAGAACAUACUAAUGGCUUCGUAUGAGAAUGUGGUACACCGGGAGCUGGUCCAAAGUGUUUCACUGCUUCACGUGCCUUACGAGGACCUUGCAUUAAGACCGUCCGUUUUCCAGUAGGUGCACGCAAUGCUAACUGAUCAAAACUGAUCAAUUCACCUCCAGCUUUCAAGAUACGGGCCCUAGCUUUCUCAGUAAUACGCAGAGC